UAUUUAAUCGAUUUAACCGGCCAACAGUGAGAUUCCCACGUGUUUUUAUUUACAUUUGUUUACAAUGACAUCAUUGGUAGCCAUGAUAAUGAGGAAGUUGGCCUUUUAACCCGUGAUAUGGCCAAUCAAUGAACGAGAAUCUGUGUUAGCCCCGCCUGAGUGUAGGUCAAAGUACAAUUGCAAAGAAUGUGCUGACACACUCAAGAUACACGUUGCGUAGAGAGAGAACGAAACGGAUGUGUCGGCAGAGACAGAGAUUGUGUGGUCUACAAAAUAUCUCCUUGGAUACUAUGACUUUUCCUGAAGACGACAGCAUGGACAUACACAAGACUUUUAGAGAAGUGAUGCUGCAAGCGGCUGACAAAGGGAGAGUGACUGCAGGGCUGUACACCUGUGCCAGGGUGCUACAGAUGGCACCUGAGGGGGUGAUGAUGUGUGUGAUGCCAGUAGAGACCGAGCAUGAUGACUUGGUUCACAUGCAGCACGUGUUGAUUGAGGCUCACUGCAGGGAACACAGGAUAACACUUGUUAAAGUUGAUUGUACUCUGAAGCUAGAGCAACUGUUGUUACUCCCAGUAAGUGCCCAGAGGAAACCCAAAGACAAUGACCUCAGCUGUGUCAUCGUGCAGAUUGCCAAAGAAGGGAAAACCCAGCUGGAGAGGAAGUUCCUGAACAGGUGCUUGAAGCACCCUGACGAUCUGGUCAUCCAGAUCCCGGCCUGAUUUCCCCGAUGACCGCAACCCCACGGACAUGCAAUACAAAA